UUCCUCCAUCUUUGUGGACUGUUCGCAGGUAAAUGUGUAUCUGUCCGAUUAAAGCUGAAAAUCAGCCACACAUUGGCCUACCUGCUUUAAAUAUUUACUUGUAUAUAGAGAGAAGACUGUCUUCUGUCAUUCGGGGUGAUUAUGUCAGCGGUGGGCUCUCCGAUGGCGGAGAUUUAAAUCGGAUAGUAAAGCUAACAGAAAUUAGCGGAACCGAUUACGACUGCCGCUUCGCUGCAGGGGGACUAAGCAGCUAUUAACCAAAUUCUGAGCGAGCCAGAGGGGUCUCGGAUCUUCUGAGUGGAUUCGGGGUCUGUUUGUGUCACAAACAUUGUUAUGAAUCUGUAAAGGUCAAGACUAACCGUCCGCUCUGUCGUUCAGCUACCCCACGUUUCUGCUUGUCCUGUUGGGUUCAGGUCCUCUAUAAUCUGGAUAAAUGCUAGAAAAUGAGCUGCCGAACACAUCUCUUAUCAGUUGAGGUUCUAAUGGAUCCUCAUUUGAAACGAGCUCGGUUUCCACAUCAAUCCAGCCCGGAAUAAACGGUCUAACAGCCCAGAGAGCAGAGGGAUGUUUAGCAUUAGCUUCAGAUCAGAGAUGCUGCAGGACAUCUCGGGGUUCCUCUGGAGGUUUUCUGAUCAGAUGACAUCCAGCUCUGUGUCUGCAUGUUUCUGAUUUGCUCUAAUGUAUCUGUGUGUUUGCAGGUGAACUCACCUGAAGAGGACAAACGAUGCCUGGAAGACUUUGGAGUAAGGCCAUCUUCACCGGCUACAAGCGUGGGCUGCGGAAUCAGCGCGAACACACGGCGCUGCUGAAGCUGGAGGGCUGCUACAGCCGGGAUGAGGUCGACUUCUACCUGGGCAAACGUUGCGCCUAUGUUUACAAGGCCAAGAAGAACACAGUGACGCCCGGCGGGAAGCCCAACAAGACCAGAGUGAUCUGGGGGAAGGUGACCCGCGCCCACGGCAACAGCGGCAUGGUCAGAGCCAAGUUCAGCAGCAACCUGCCGGCCAAGGCCAUCGGACACCGAAUCCGGGUGAUGCUGUAUCCGUCUCGGGUGUGAAGACGAUCCAUCAUGUUUGUACAGAAAUGAUAAAAACGGAUCAAUAAACUGAUCAGAGCCAAA